AUUAUAUCGUAGUUUAGUAAUACCAAUGUUUAAUGAUGGAUGUAGCUGAGAAGGAAAAGGUUUUCAAUUUUAAAGUACAUUCUAAAUAUUUUAAGAGAUGCUUGGAUGUUCUUCCUGCCCGAUAUGCUUACUUGGAUCCAAUUCGAUUAACCUUCGCCUUCUUUGGAAUAUCUGGCUUAGAACUAUUGGAUUCUUUAGAUUUAGUUAAGGAACAAAAAGGCGUUAUUGAAUGGAUCUAUUCCCUUCAAAUUUUACCGAAUUCAACAAGAACCAAUUUAGAAAAAUGUGGAUUUGUCGGCUCUCAUUUAUAUGGAGACAGGCAUUUACUCCAAACUUUUAAGGAAUCUACUAGUCAUAUUACAAUGACUUUUUCAGCUUUGUUGAGUUUAAUUAUUCUUGGUGAUGAUUUAGAAAGAAUUGAUAAAGAUGCUAUUGCAACAGGAGUAGCAGCCUUACAGCUCGAAGAUGGAAGUUUUGCUGCCCACUUUGGAGGAAGUGAAAAUGAUAUGCGAUUCAUUUAUUGUGCCUCAGUAAUUUUUCAUAUUUUGGAUGACUGGUCGAAGAUUGAUGUUCAUAGGAGCGUCAGGUACAUCAAAGACAGCUUGACUUACGAGGGAGCUUUCGCCCAAGGACCCGGUCUCGAAGCUCAUGGUGGUUCAACCUUUUGCGCCGUUGCUUCACUAUAUUUAAUGAAUCAACUCCAUGUUUUAAGUUCAAAGCAAUAUGACAACCUGCAAAAGUGGUGUUUAAUGAGACAGGAAGAGGGAUUUCAAGGCCGACCCAACAAACCCAUCGACACGUGCUAUUCAUUUUGGAUUGGUUCAACGCUAAAACUAUUAGGUUUUCGCGAUUUAAUCGACCACGAUAAGAAUAGACAAUUUCUUUCCAAAACUCAAUCAGUUAUUGGAGGAGGAUUUGCUAAAUACGAAGAUGCCAAUCCAGAUUUGUUACAUUCUUAUUUCGCUAUAUCGUCCUUGGCCUUAUCAGAUGAAGAGGGAGUAAUCGACAUGAACCCUGCUCUGAAUAUAAGUUCGAGAGCAGUCAAAAAGCUGCAAGUAAUUCAAGAUAAAUGGAUGGCCGACAGCCUACAAAAGCAAUUAAAUUGCUUCAGAUUACAGUUGCACGAUGAUUAUUUAAGAAAGGAGUUGAGUGAAAUUAUAAACAAGGAAAACGACAUAUUGAGCGUUCAACAGUUGAAGAAUAUUUGCAAUGUACUAAUUUCUUUAAAAUUAUUAAGGAAGGAUAAUUUAAUUAUUAAGAAUGAAAAAGAAUUACGAAAGAAAGCCCUGUUUGCGUUAGAAUGCUUAGCUAUAAAUGAAAUAGCUACUUUUAAAGAUUCGGAUAUAAUAAAUGCAACUAAUGCAUUAUUACUAUUAAAAUUGAUUGGGGACGAUAUCUCUCAGCUAAAAAAUAGGAAAUUUUUAAAAUGUUUUAUUGAUAACUCUAUAAGUAAUAGUUCGAUAAAGAUGAUUUUUUAUCAGACGAUUAUUAAGAAAUUUAUUGGUAGCUUUUCCGAAGCUGAUCAGAAUGAACUUACAAGACUAAUAAAAAACAACAACUAUAAACAAGUUUUUGAAAACUGCCAUACUUCUGAAAACGAACUCAGAUCUGCAAAUUAUAUUUUAGCUUUAGCCGAACUGUCUGGAAUUGUCAAUCAUUUUGAUGACGUAUCAUCAAAAUUAAUUGAAUUUAAGAACGAAGAUAGGAGUAUUGCAUCAUAUUUUCUUACUUUAUCGUCUGUACAGAUUCUAAAAGGAUCUUUGGAUAUUCUAGAUAAAAAUCAAUUUAAGGCUAAACUUUUAAGGCUACAAAACAAAGUGUACGGUGGAUUUAUUCAGUCAAUAGGAAAAAAGCCUAAUUCAUUGGAUACGCUUUAUGGUUUAUCGUCUAUAUCACUUCUUGGAUGCAACGAAAUUUUACAAAUUGACGGUACUCUACUAAAUCAACUAAUUCUAUAG